AUGCUUCCAAACGCCUCUGUCCGAGAGGGGAUAAAAAACAGCGCUCGGAAGCUUCCCCCUCCAGCGGACGCACUCGCCGAGGUGGCACACGAGCACGAUCGCCGCGCCCACGGCCAGCGGGCAGCCGCAGCAGAAGCUGGCGAGCGGGCUCAUCGCGCGCGCGCGCGGGCGCGGGCGCAGCCCGGAGGCUGGGCCCUGGCGGCGGAGACGCGCUCUGCUUUCGAGAAGUGGAUGUACGUCGGUCUUCAAGGUGUGUGGGGUGGCCAGGCGGCAGGGGCCGAAACGGCUGCGGCGGGAGGACGCGGCGGCGGCGGCGAGGCGAGGCGGAGGCGAGGCGGCGAGGCGAGGCGAGGCGAUGCGAGCGCCGAAGACGACGGCCCGCGAGGGGCACGGCGGGGGCGCCGGAGCGCCUAA